AUGCGACAGACGCAACUGCUGUCCCGAAGUUGGACGCCAACCCUCAAGCUCCCAAAGUCCACAUUCCCGCCCCGCGUGUCGCUGGUAGACCGAACCAAAUACCUAAAGCGCAGCACCGACGAGCUCUACGCCUGGCAACAGCGCGUACGACCCGCCUCGAAGCCCUUCAUUCUACACGAUGGACCACCCUAUGCAAACGGUGAGCUGCACAUCGGCCACGCGCUAAACAAAAUCCUCAAGGAUAUCAUCAACCGCGUCCAAUUGGGUCGGGGGAAGCGCGUGCGCUAUGUGCCUGGAUGGGAUUGUCACGGGCUGCCGAUCGAGUUGAAGGCGCUGCAGGGGUUACAACAGAUUGGUGUCGCAGAAGACUCGAUGAGUCCGGCGGUUAUUCGGAAGUCUGCGAGGCAGCUUGCGCGCCAGACGGUGAAGGGGCAGAUGAAAGAAUUCAAAGGGUUUGGCGUGAUGGCGGAUUGGGAAGGCCAUUGGAAGACGAUGGACAAGGCGUUUGAGAUGCGGCAGCUUGGAGUGUUUCGGGAGAUGGUUGACCACGGUCUCAUCUAUCGCAAAUUCAAGCCGGUGUACUGGUCGCCGUCGUCGGGGACUGCGCUUGCGGAGGCGGAGUUGGAAUACCAGGAGAAUCACAUGUCGACGGCGGCUCUGGUGAAGUUUCCGCUUGUUGAGAUCCCGGUACACUUGUCUAAGGAUCCGUUGAUCGUGGGGAAGGAGGUGAACGUGGUUAUUUGGACCACUACGCCGUGGACUUUGCCUGCCAAUGCUGCCAUCGCGGUGAGUGACUCGCUCGAGUAUACCAUCGUGCAGUCAGAGACACACGGACUUUUACUUGUCGCCCAGUCUCGGCUCGAAUAUCUUCAGUCUAUGUUGGGAGAGGAGGAGCUUUCCGUCAUCAUUCCCUCAGUCCUGGGUUCAGAACUGGCUGAAAAGACCACCUACCGAGCACUUUUUAAGGGCCCAGAAGCCAAGCCCCAGCCGAUCAUCGGGGCGGACUUUGUGACCGCAGACUCGGGAUCUGGUUUGGUUCACUGUGCGCCGGGUCACGGUAUGGAGGACUACGAAGCAUGUCUGAAGCGCGGCAUCGAUGUCUUCGCACCCGUCAAUGACGAUGGCAAGUUUACAGAAAAGGCGAUGCCCCACGACCCUACCUGCUUGACUGGCAAGUCUGUCUUGGGAGAUGGCAACAAAGCUGUCCUUGAGUAUGCUGAAGCUCGCGGUCAACUCCUUGCCCAGCACGCAUACGAGCACAAGUAUCCCUAUGACUGGCGCUCCAAGCAGCCGAUUAUCAUCCGCGCUACUGAACAAUGGUUUGCCGAUGUGGGCGAUAUCCGGGUUAGUGCGCUUCAAUCUUUGGAAGAUGUUCGCUUUGUUCCUGAGGCGGGCAAGUCCCGGUUGGAGAACUUUGUCAAGAACCGCAGCGAAUGGUGCAUCUCGCGACAGCGCGCAUGGGGUGUCCCCAUUCCCGCCAUCUAUCACCGGACUACAGGCGAGGCGGUUUUAACCAAGGAAAGUGUGUCUCAUAUUAUGUCUACUAUUGAAGAGCGCGGCAUCGAUGCCUGGUGGACUGAUAGUGCUGAUGAUUCCGCCUGGGUCCUUCCGUCUCUUCGUGAUGAUUCGGGCGGAUACCGACGUGGAACAGACACUAUGGACGUCUGGUUCGACAGUGGCACCAGCUGGGCGGAAAUCGACGUUGCCCAGGAAGGCCGAACCCACCGGGCCGACGUGUACCUGGAGGGAAGUGACCAGCACCGCGGCUGGUUCCAGUCUGGUCUCCUGACCUACAUUGCCCACCAGCUUGCCUCUGGAAAGACCGAGGGUGUCGGUGCUCCUUUCAAGAACCUCAUUACGCACGGCUUUACCCUUGAUGAGAACGGGCGCAAGAUGAGCAAGUCGAUUGGCAACACCAUUGCUCCGCAGACUAUCAUGGACGGCACUCUACUGCCUCCUCUCCCACCUCGCAAGGGCAAAGCUAAGAAACAGGCUGAAAGCGAGGGACCGACCUACGACGCCCUGGGCCCGGAUGUACUUCGACUGUGGGCAGCAAGUAGUGACUACACGCGCGACGUGGUGAUUGGAAAGCAGGUUCUCCAAACCGUACACACCAGUCUCCACAAGCUGCGAGUUACAUUUAAGCUGCUUCUCGGUUCCCUGGGCGACUUCCAGCCCGAGCGUGCGGUGCCGUACCAGGAGCUGCAGCUGGUGGACCGAAUUGCGCUGAAGCACCUGUCAGACCUGGUGCAAACGACGCAGAAGACUUGUGACAACUUCGAGUUUUACAAGGCCGUCAGCAACCUGAACCAGUGGGCCAACCUCCAAUUCUCGGCAUUCUACAUGGAAGCCAUCAAGGAUCGACUCUACACACUGGGCGAGAACAGCACCAGCCGGCGAGCGGUCCAGACCACCCUGUUCUACAUCUUUACUCACCUUCAGGAAGUUCUCGCACCCAUCACCCCGCUUCUUGUAGAGGAGACAUGGGAGCACACGCCCGAGGCAAUCCGCUCGCACAACCCCCACCCCUUGCAACGCGUUGUCUCCGCCCCCGCACAGGAAUGGCACGACCCGUCGCUUGACACCAGACACCUUGAAAUCACCGCUGUGCACUCGGUCAUCAAGAACCUGCAAGAACAAGCUCGGCGAAAGAAGCAGCUCGGCUCAUCGCUGCAAUCCUUUGUGCACCUGAUACUUCCCGGCGACUCAAGCACCUCUACCACCUUCCACGAGCACCUCUCUGAGCUACCGGACUUGUUUGUCGUGUCCUCCGUGACUAUCGGCGCACCCGGCGAGCUCGUUCCGGAGAUUAGCGAGGCGGAAUGGCAGUACGAGCAAGAGUGCGAGCUCCCGGAUGGCAAGGGCACUGUUUAUGUGUACGCGCCACAGGCAUCCAAAUGUGGGCGAUGCUGGCGGUAUGCAGUUCCGAUGGCAAGCGAGGAGGAGAUUUGCCAGCGGUGCGAAGAAGUGGUGUCGGAGCUUGACUCUUAA